UAAUCUGAUUGGUCACCAAAUACAGCGUAACACCUGGAUCUGCGAUUUAGUUUUUUCCUAGGAUGGUGAAGUUACGACCCGCCCUACUCUACCUCUGAUUGGCUUAGCCUGACGAGUUUGCGUGACUCUAACCAAUCAUAUUCCUCUUAUCUACAUCGAACCAAUCAACGCAAUGAACUCGACGCGUAAUAACCAAUCAGAGGCAGAUAGGGGCGGGACCAUUCCUUCACCAUCCUAGAGAACGUAAUAUUUGGCUCGAUUCAUGGUGCAGGCCGACUUCCACACUGCUGGCAGCGUGUGUGGAGCACUUUCCUCCAUCCUCCCGUCCGAUUUACCGGUAAAUUACCAAAGAAAACCCAAUUUUUGCCUUUUUUUUGGGUUUCCCCCCCUUAACACUGGACACACUAGGCCGAGGAUAAAGCUGCGGUCAGCCAGGUGGGUCACAUCUGGAGUCUUGAUCCGCAUCUUCUGCCUCCUUUGCACGGCGUGAGUUUCACGUGUUCACCCGCCACCGGCCGGAUCUCAUCCACCAGCUUAGCAACCAUCCACCGAUCCUCUGCCGGUACACAGCUGGUGAAGUUUAAUCAGCAUCAGCUCAUCUGAGGAGAGAUGGCAAAGAUGGCAACCUUGGUUUUGGAGGACGGGACGACGUUUAAAGGCCGCCUUUUUGGUGCAGAUGUGUCCGUGUCAGGAGAAGUUGUGUUCCAGACAGGCAUGGUCGGUUACCCCGAAGCUCUCACUGACCCAUCGUACCGCUGCCAGCUGCUGACACUCACAUACCCUCUGAUUGGUAACUAUGGUAUCCCGAAGGACGAGGAGGGAGAGUUUGGACUGAGCAAGUGGUUUGAGUCGUCAAAGAUCCACGCUGCAGCUCUGAUCAUCGGAGAGCUGUCGGAGAAUCCAAGUCACUGGAGUUCAGUCAAGCCGCUGGACCACUGGCUCAAAGAGCAAGGAGUUCCUGGAUUACAAGGCAUCGACACUCGCCGCCUGACCAAGAAGAUCAGAGAGAAAGGCACCAUGCUGGGGAAGCUGGUGAUGGACGGGACUCCGGAGGACAGCGUCCCCUUCUUCAACCCAGACCAGAGGAACCUGGUCCAAGAGGUCUCCAUGAAGGAACCCAAAGUGUUCAAUCCCAACGGUAGUCUACGGAUCACAGUGAUGGACUGCGGUAUCAAAUACAAUCAGAUCCGCUGUCUGGCUGAGAGAGGGGCUCGUGUUACCGUGGUACCCUGGGACCACCCGUUGGACAGCACAGAUUUUGACGGUUUGUUCAUCAGUAACGGCCCCGGUGACCCUCAGCUCUGCCAGGCAACCAUCAACAACGUGAGGAAGGUGGUCUGCGUGGAUCGGCCAAAGCCGGUCUUCGGCAUCUGUCUCGGACACCAGCUGCUGUCUUUAGUCAUCGGAGCCAAGACCUACAAGAUGAAGUACGGUAACCGUGGUCACAACCAGCCAUGCAUCCAUAAAGGAACAGACCGCUGCUUCAUCACCAGUCAGAAUCACGGGUUUGCCGUCGACCCCGACACGUUGCCUAGCGACUGGGACGUCCUGUUCACCAACGCCAACGACCAUACCAACGAGGGCAUCGUACACAACACACAACCUCUGUUCAGCGUUCAGUUCCACCCGGAGCACAUGGCCGGUCCCACUGAUCUGGUCAGUCUGUUCGACGUCUUCCUCGACACCGUCAGAGACCACAAAGAGGGCAAAGCUACCAAAUCUGUGAAGCAGCAUCUGACGGAGCAUCUGACCUUCCCUCGUUCCUCGAAGCCUGAAGAUGUUCCUCGACCCAGAAAGGUUCUGAUCCUGGGCUCUGGAGGACUCUCCAUCGGGCAGGCUGGCGAGUUCGACUACUCCGGCUCUCAGGCUAUUAAAGCUCUGAAGGAAGAGAACAUCCAGACGGUGCUGAUCAACCCAAACAUCGCCACAGUCCAGACCUCCAAAGGGCUGGCCGACAAAGUCUACUUCCUGCCGCUCACGUCGGAGUAUGUCACUCAGGUGAUAAAGAACGAGCGUCCGGACGGCGUCCUCCUGACCUUCGGGGGGCAGACGGCUCUGAACUGCGGCGUGGAGCUGACCAAGCUGGGCGUCCUGGAGAAGUACAACGUGAAGGUGCUGGGAACGCCGGUGGCCUCCAUCGAGAUGACCGAGGACCGCAAGAUCUUCGUGGAGAAGAUGGAAGAGAUCGAUGAACAUGUGGCGCCCAGUGAAGCGGCGCUGUCUGUGGAGCAGGCGGUGGCAGCAGCAGAGCGGCUUGGCUACCCCGUCCUGGUCCGUUCAGCGUUCGCUCUGGGCGGUUUGGGCUCCGGCUUCGCCAACAACCGGGAGGAGAUGACCUCUCUGGUGACGUCGGCGUUCGCCCACACCUCCCAGGUGCUGGUGGACAAAUCUCUGAAAGGCUGGAAGGAGAUCGAGUACGAAGUGGUCCGAGACGCCUACGACAACUGUAUCACUGUGUGUAAUAUGGAGAAUAUUGACCCUCUGGGCAUCCAUACUGGCGAGUCUAUCGUGGUUGCUCCCAGCCAGACGCUCAACGACCACGAGUACAACAUGCUGAGGAACACGGCCAUCAAAGUCAUCCGGCACCUCGGCAUCGUGGGAGAGUGUAACAUCCAGUACGCCCUCAACCCCGAAUCUGAGCAGUAUUACAUCAUCGAGGUGAACGCACGUCUGUCCCGGAGCUCGGCUCUGGCCAGUAAGGCGACUGGUUAUCCGCUGGCUUACGUAGCGGCUAAACUGGGACUGGGGAUCCCGCUGCCACAACUCAAGAACUCUGUCACCAACCAGACCACGGCUAACUUUGAGCCCAGUCUGGAUUACUGUGUGGUGAAGGUGCCUCGCUGGGAUCUGAGCAAAUUCCUCCGAGUUUCCACCAAGAUUGGCAGCUCCAUGAAGAGUGUCGGCGAGGUGAUGGCCAUCGGUCGUAGCUUUGAGGAAGCUUUCCAGAAAGCUCUGAGGAUGGUGGAUGAGAACUGUGUAGGAUUCGAUCACACCAUCAAACCUGUGUCUGAAAAGGAGCUGCAGACGCCGACAGAUAAGCGUAUCUUCGUUCUGGCCUCGGCGCUGAGAGCCGGCUACACGGUGGACCAGCUCUACGAUCUCACCAAGAUCGACCGCUGGUUCCUCCACAAGAUGAAGAACAUCGCCGACCACGAGAAGCUGCUGGAGACUUACAACCAGGAUGAGAGCGCCAUGCCUCCAGAGGUGAUGCGUAAAGCCAAACAGCUCGGCUUCUCCGACAAGCAGAUCGCUCAGGCUGUGCAGAGCACGGAGCUGGCGGUGAGAAAGCUGCGUCGUGAUUGGUCCAUCCUGCCGGUGGUGAAGCAGAUCGACACGGUGGCGGCCGAGUGGCCCGCCUGCACCAACUACCUGUACCUGACCUAUCACGGCACGGAGAACGACCUGGGCUUCGGAGACCAGCACGUCAUGGUCAUCGGCUCGGGCGUCUACCGCAUCGGCAGCAGCGUGGAGUUUGAUUGGUGCGCCGUGGGAUGCAUCACGCAGCUCAGGAAGAUGGGUUAUAAGACCAUCAUGGUGAACUACAACCCUGAAACCGUCAGCACAGACUACGACAUGUGUGACCGCCUCUACUUCGAUGAGAUCUCCUUCGAGGUGGUGAUGGACAUUUACGAGAUGGAGAACCCUGAAGGCAUCAUCCUGUCGAUGGGCGGCCAGCUUCCCAACAACAUCGCCAUGUCUCUGCACCGGCAGCAGUGUCGCAUCCUGGGAACGUCGCCCGAGUUCAUCGACUGCGCCGAGAACAGGUUCAAGUUCUCCAGGAUGCUCGACACCAUCGGCAUCAGCCAGCCGCAGUGGAAGGAGCUCUCCGACACCGAGUCUGCUGCUAAGUUCUGUGAGACGGUGGGCUACCCCUGCCUGGUGAGACCCUCCUACGUGCUGAGCGGAGCGGCCAUGAACGUAGCGUACACCGACAGCGACCUGGAGAAAUACCUGAGCAGCGCCGUCGCCGUAUCCAAGGAGCAUCCGGUCGUCAUCUCCAAAUUCAUCCAGGAGGCCAAGGAAAUAGACGUGGACGCCGUAGCGUGUGACGGGGUCGUCAUGGCGAUCGCCGUGUCCGAACACGUGGAGAACGCCGGCGUCCACUCCGGCGACGCCACGUUGGUGACGCCGCCUCAGGAUCUCAAUCAGAAGACGAUCGAGAGGAUCAAGAUGAUCGUUCACGCCAUCGGACAGGAGCUGCAGGUCACCGGACCGUUUAACCUGCAGCUCAUCGCCAAGGACGACCAGCUGAAGGUGAUCGAAUGCAACGUCCGAGUCUCCCGCUCCUUCCCUUUCAUAUCCAAGACGCUCGGCGUGGACCUGGUCGCCCUGGCAACGCAGAUCAUCAUGGGCGAGGACGUCGAGCCUGUGGGCCUGAUGAGAGGAAAAGGGAUUGUGGGCGUCAAGGUUCCUCAGUUCUCGUUCUCUCGGCUGGCCGGAGCGGACGUGGUUCUCGGGGUGGAGAUGACCAGCACCGGAGAAGUCGCCUGUUUUGGGGAGAACCGAUACGAGGCGUACCUCAAAGCCAUGCUGUCCACAGGCUUCAAGAUCCCCAAGAAGAACAUCCUGCUGUCCAUCGGCAGCUAUAAGAACAAGAGUGAGCUGCUGCCGACUGUUCAGGCUCUGGAGUCUCUGGGUUACGACCUUUACGCCAGUCUGGGAACGGCCGACUUCUACACAGAGCACGGAGUCAAGGUGACGGCAGUGGAUUGGCCGUUCGAGGAGGAAGAGAGCGAGUGUCCCACCAAGGAGAAGCAGCGCAGCAUCAUGAACUACCUGGAGGAAAACCACUUCGACCUGGUCAUCAACCUCUCCAUGAGGAACAGCGGCGGCCGGCGGCUGUCCUCCUUCGUUACCAAGGGUUACCGGACCAGACGCAUGGCCAUCGACUACUCCGUGCCGCUCAUCAUCGACAUCAAGUGCACCAAACUCUUUGUUCAGGCUCUUCACCAGAUUGGCCGAAGUCCACCAGUGAAAACUCACAUUGACAGCAUGGCCUCUCAGACGCUGGUCCGUCUCCCCGGUCUGAUCGACGUCCAUGUCCACCUGCGGGAGCCCGGUGCCACGCACAAGGAGGACUUCUCGUCAGGUACGGCGGCUGCUCUGGCAGGAGGCGUGACCAUGGUGUGUGCCAUGCCCAACACUUCCCCCGCCAUCACCGACCCCAACACGCUGGCUCUGGUGCAGAAGUUGGCUAAAGCGGGCUGCCGCUGUGACUACGCUCUGUACGUCGGAGCUGCUUCAGAUAACGCCGCCGUGCUGCCGUCCAUCGCCGGUCAGGCAGCAGGUCUGAAGAUGUAUCUGAACGACACGUACUCCGACCUCAAGAUGGACAACGUCUCUCUGUGGAUGGAGCACUUUGAGAAGUGGCCCAAGCUGAUGCCCAUCGUUGCUCACGCUGAGAAGCAGACGGUCGCCGCCAUCCUGAUGGUGGCUCAGCUCUACCAGCGGCCAGUCCACAUCUGCCACGUCGCCAAGAAGGAGGAGAUCCUGAUCAUCCGAGCUUCCAAGCAGAAGGGCAUCCAGGUCACAUGUGAGGUCGCUCCUCAUCACCUCUUCCUGUGUGAGGAAGACGUGCCCGACAUCGGAGACGGACGAGCACAAGUCCGGCCCAUGCUGGGAACACGCGAGGACAUGGAGGCGCUCUGGGAAAACCUGGACAUCAUCGACUGCUUCGCCACAGACCACGCUCCUCACUCUCUGGAGGAGAAGAGCGGCGAGCGUCCUCCUCCUGGUUACCCCGGCCUGGAAACCAUGCUGCCGCUGCUGCUCACCGCCGUCAGCGAUGGACGUCUGACUCUGGAUGACAUCAUCAGACGUCUGUACGAUAACCCACGCAGGAUCUUCAACCUGCCGGUCCAGGAGAACACCUACGUGGAGGUGGACUUGGAACAGGAGUGGGUCAUUCCUCAGGCCAUGCAGUUCACCAAAUCCAAGUGGACGCCUUUCCAAGGGAUGAAGGUGAAGGGUAAAGUCCGCCGAGUGGUUCUGCGAGGAGAGGUGGCGUACAUCGACGGACAGGUUUUGGUGCCUCCAGGUUACGGUGAAGAUGUGAAGACUUGGCCGGCUGCUUCCAUCCUUCCUGCUGAACCUGUUAAAGAAUGUCCAAAGACCCCGGAGCAUCCUCCUCGUCCGACUCCUCCCCGUGAAGGUCCGGUACGAGUCCGAGCACCCAGCCCUCGGCGCUCAGGAGCGGGAGACGGCCGCUACCUGCUGCCCCCCCGCACCCACCGCUCCUCUGACCCUGGACUACCACCAGAGAUGGUCAUGCUCCCACCCAGCGGUGUCGUCGAGGGUUACGCUCACCCUCCUCCGCUGUCCAGGCUGAUGUCUCCUCAGUCCAUCCCAGGACAGAUACCUGCUGGACAGAUGUCUCACUUCCAGACGUCUCCUCUGUUGCACCUGCUGGUGGGACAACACAUCCUGUCCGUCAGCCAGUUCAGCAAAGAGCAGAUCUCUCAUCUUUUCAACGUUGCUCACACGUUGCGUCUGAUGGUGCAGAAAGAGCGAAGCCUGGACAUCCUGAAGGGUAAGGUGAUGGCGUCCAUGUUCUACGAGGUCAGCACCCGCACCAGCAGCUCGUUCUCGGCGGCGAUGCAGCGUCUGGGCGGCUCCGUCGUCCACUUCAGCGAGUCCACGUCGUCCAGUCAGAAGGGAGAAUCGCUGGCCGACUCGGUCCAGACCAUGAGUUGCUAUGCCGACGUCCUGGUGCUGCGACACCCGACGCCCGGAGCCGUGGAGAGUGCGUCUCGUCAUUGUCGUAAACCGGUGAUCAACGCUGGCGACGGCGUGGGCGAGCAUCCCACCCAGGCGCUGCUGGACGUCUUCACCAUCCGAGAGGAGCUGGGGACGGUCAACGGCAUGACGAUAACGAUGGUCGGAGAUCUGAAACACGGCCGCACCGUUCACUCCCUCGCCAAACUGCUGACUCAGUACCGCAUCACUCUGCGCUACGUGGCCCCCAAGAACCUGCACAUGCCCACAGAGAUCAUCAGCUACGUCGCCUCCAAGGGCAUCAAACAGGAGGAGUUUGAGAAUAUCGAGGAAGCUCUGCCAGAGACCGACGUCCUCUACAUGACGAGGAUCCAGAAGGAGAGAUUCGCCUCUGAGGAAGAGUACAAAGCCUGUUUCGGACAGUUCAUCCUCACUCCUCACAUCAUGACUGUGGCCAAGAAGAAGAUGGUGGUCAUGCAUCCGCUGCCCAGAGUCAACGAGAUCAGUGCGGAGGUCGAUACGGACCCUAGAGCUGCAUAUUUCCGUCAGGCAGAGAACGGCAUGUACAUCCGAAUGGCCCUGCUGGCCACCGUACUGGGAAGAUAGAUAUGAUAUUUGACUUUCUCUUUAUAGCACAGAUGGUCAAAUUGUUAGUGUAAUAAGUUUUAGAUGCUGCAUGUUCUUUCUUAAAAAAUAAUACAAUCCACAGUGGAGUCCUUGGAGAGGGGUGUUACAUAUAGUACAGUUACAUAUAAAGACUUUAAAGUGUAUAAAAUGAACAAGUUGGAACAUGGUUCUUUGUUCAGGUUAGACAUACAUCUAUUUGUUUAUCUUCUGAUCCUUUACUCACCUGCAAACCUGCAUUUUAAUGUCUUUAAAACACAAUAGUUUCUUCCAUUGAACUGCUGCUUCACUAA